AUGCCUAAUGGAACGAGGUUUACCCAUGGCUUCAACAUGGGAGCCAAUUCCUCUGCUGCAAGACAAGCUACCUAUGACUCCGCUGCCUAUGCCUGCAAAGCCAUUGGGAGCAAUUUGCUCUUCUGGGAAUACGGUAAUGAACCUGAUCUCUUCCACGCUUCUGGAUACAGACCUGGACCCGCGGAAUGGAGUGAAAUUGACUAUGUGGAAGAAUGGUUGAAUGGAACAAGUAAUAUUGAAAAUGUGGUCAAAGAAGCUUGUCCACAACUUGCAAAGACCAAAUUCAUGGCGCCGAGUUUUGCUGGUGUGGCCGCUAAUGAUUUCUUUACUCUGGAUCCAGUGAAGGCGUUUGAAGACAACCUUGACGCAGACGACAGUAUCGGUAUCAUUUCUUCGCACAACUAUAUGGGUGUUUCCACUGCUGCUGGCAUCACUUUGCAAGGCACCUUGAUGAAUCACACCAAUGUUGUUGCAAAGGCUGCGGAACAAUUGAAUGUCUCUGCCAACAUUGCUGCUUUAGGGACAAAGGCCCCCAAAGUCCCGUUCAUCCUCGGCGAACACAAUAGUUUGGCUAGACAAGGACGACCGGGCUUGUCUAAUACUUUUGGAGCUGCGUUGUGGGGUGUAGAUUGGAACCUCUAUCUCGCAUCCCAAAACAUUUCUCGCUCGCAUAUGCAUCAAGGCACCAAUUAUCGGUAA